AUGUCAUUUCAGAAUCUUCGAACUUACGAUCCAUUCGCUGAAGAAGGAGAGUCUAAGGUAGAGGGAGGAGUCGUCCAUAUUCGAAUACAACAAAGAAAUGGUCGCAAAACUCUUACCACUGUUCAAGGGAUUCCUGAAAGAUUCGACAAACGUAAAAUCCUGAAGUAUUGCAAGAAACAUUUUGCUUGCAAUGGUACAGUAGUCGAACACGACGAGUACGGAGAAGUUUUACAAUUUCAGGGUGAUCAAAGAGACAAUCUCAAGUCAUUCCUGUGUAAUGUUUGGGUGCAUCUCUGUACAUUUACUCUGAUUUGGCUUUUAAAGACUCUGCAGUACUCUCUUCCUAUCUAUUAA